UUGCCAUUCGUUUUACAGCCACGGGGCAAAAUUAACCGGGUGCACAAACAAGAAACACGACAGAGCAGACACGUAAAGCGAGCAAGAAAAUCGUGAGCCAGUCACUCGCGCCACGUAACGAGCCAGCAGUCGGCGACAGGCCGCUUGGUUUUUGUUGCCAUGGCAGCAAACGCGGCGCCUUCGCCGCUCCCGCUCGACGGCCGCGUCGCGCUCGUCACGGGCGGCUCCCGCGGCAUCGGCCGGGAGGUGUCCUCCCACCUGGCCGCCCUCGGCGCGCGCGUCCUGAUCAACUACGCGUCCGACUCGGCCAGCGCCGCCGCGCUCGCCGCGGAGCUCAACUCGCGCGGCCUCCGCGCCGUGGCGGCCCAGGCCGACGUGUCCGACCCGGCCGCCGUGCGCGCGCUCUUCGACCGCGCCGAGGAGGCCUUCGGCUCCCCGCCGCACGUCGUGGUCGCCUGCGCGGGGCUGCUCAACCCCAAGUACCCCGCGCUCGCCGACACCACCGUGGAGGACUUCGACGCCAUGUUCGCGGUGAACGUGCGCGGGACGUUCCUGGUGUGCCGCGAGGCGGCCAACCGCGUGCCGGCCGGCAGCGGCGGCCGCAUCGUGACCUUCUCCUCGUCCAUCAUGGGCACGCUCCUGCCGGGCUACGCGGCGUACACGGCGACCAACGGCGCCGUGGAGGCCAUGACGAGGAUCCUGGCCAAGGAGGUGGCGUCCAAGGGGAUCACGGCCAACGUGGUGGCUCCAGGGCCCGUGCGCACGGAGCUGUUCCUCGCCGGCAAGGACGAGGCGUUCCUCAAGAGAGUGGAGGCCCAGUCCAUGGGGCGCAUCGCCGAGACGACGGACGUGGCGCCGGUGGUGGCCUUCCUGGCCAGCGACGCCGCCGGGUGGGUGAACGGUCAGGUCAUCAGGGUCAAUGGCGGGUUCACGUGAGCUACUAAAAUUUACUCCCCCGAGCACCACACGUUAAAGCCGCGGCUUGAACUCGAGUGGGCUGGCAGCUACCCCAGCUGCCCAGCCAAUGGGUGAACGCCCCGUCCUCAUUAAAAUUUACUCAUAGUUUGGUUUUUUCAGGGGUAUGCUAGUUAUUUUUCUGUUUUUGUGUCACGUUCGGGUAUGCUAGUGUAUUUGUUUUCUCUGUCUGUUUGUGUGGGCUUCGGUUGUGUUUCUUUUCUUCUUAUGGUGGUGUUGGGCUUAUUGUUUCGACAUGGAUUUGUCCACGUGGUUUGGGAUCUUAACUACUGCUGUCAUUUUUUGUUUA